CGGAAGAUGGGAACAAAAGAGUUUCUGCUGAGAUCCCAGAGCCAAAAGCUGCCACUCAAAGGAGAGCUGACUCAACCACUUUGGAUUUGAGCUGUCACUCCAAAGACAGUUGACUCGACCACUUUGAAACCAUUGAAAAAGGGCCAUCAUCGCCAUGGUCGUCGUGCUUCGUCGUUCUUUGUCUUCAAUAGAACAACAAUGCUCGACGACCCACCACUACUGAAGAUCAAAGACUGAACUAUGAACCUCACUGGAUCCAUGGUGGUGACUAUGUCCCUCUUGCUUCCUAUAAAGACUCCUUGCCUCUUCUUUUCUAUCUUUUCUAUCGCCCUCCUUCCCUUCCCCAUCACCCUAAUUCAUAAUAGUGUUCGUCCUCCCCUUCCAAGUUUCCCUAAUUAAGAUUUGUAAUAAACUGGUCGAACCAACAUUUGAACCGUUGCUUCUUAAUCUCACGCUGGGUAUAGAGAUAAUAAAAGAACCUCCUCUCCCUCCUAGAAAUUGGAGCGAGACAUUUAUUUAAUGGCGUAAUCAAGGCAGGAUACCCACCGUGAGAGUGUUGUCCUUCCAGAUAUAGUCUGAAACUUUCUUUGUGUGCACCUCCUGGAGUUGCAAGGAGCGAUAGUUUUGAAAAUUCAGACAUGAGUCCUUCUCCAGGAAGACCGCUCCAUAUUCUGAAACUUUACCUUUUAUGUGUGUACCUCUCGGGGACGUAUUUUGACUAUUUGCAUUUUGUUUAAUACGUGUGUGCCUCCUUGGGAAGACCUCUUGGUUAUUUGGUAACUGAAGUGCGGUGUGUCUGUGUGCGCACGCCUCUAGGGGAAGUGAGGAAGUGAUAUGUUGUGACUUAAACGUGUGUGCCUCUCCAAGAAGUUUUAUUUACUCUAUUGAAACCUAGAAAGUGUUGCUUUAGCUUCACAUUUUUUGUGCUCCCCCCAAAGAAAGUGAUUGGAGCAUUUGCAUUUGUUUAGUUGUGGUGUAUCUCCCUGGGAGGAGCGGUAUGGAGUAACUGAGCUUUUGAAUACAUGUACCUCCUCCUCUCUUAGUAUAGAUCUUUCAUUGUAUUAAGAAAUGAGUAACAGUAUUGCCAGUAUGAAAAGUGAAGAAGUGUUAUUUGACCUUUUAGAAAAGCAUGGUGCUUGUCCCUCUUUAUCAGGGGUGGACUGGGCACGCCAAAAUUGGCAUAAUUUGCAGAGUGUUUCAGACCGCAUGAGUGUCUUACAGAAUGAGACUCGUACACGAGCUGGAAAAGGAAAGUCGUUUAUUUGUGCCGUACUCGGGGCUGCUUUAAAAGCUGCCGUGGAGUUCCAAAAUGAAAAGCAUUCGGCAGAACUCCAAACCAUAGAAGCACUACAGGAAUCGGUUAGAGUUACACAAGAAUUGGUAAAAACUCUGCAGAAUCAAAUAGUUAAUCUCGAGGAACAAUUAGAAAGAGAGAAACAUAAUUCGGCCUUGUUGCAGAUGGUUUUCAAAGAACUGUUAACAUGUAAGGAUACUAGUGAUACUGUCACCCAUGGUUUGCCUCAAGAAAAAACUUUUCCUCAGGAAGAACUACAAGAAAUAAAGGAAAGACUAGACAAAUUAGAAAUCCCAAUAGCCCCAUUGCGUCCCUUGAUAAAAACAGAAUAUAUCUUCGAUAACAGUGAGGAUCUAGAUCCUCAAAUGAAUGCUAAGGAAAUUCCCUUCUCGGCCACCGAGCUUGCAAAAUUGAGAAGGGGCUUUAGCCGCUCUCCAAAGGAAUCAGAAACAGAAUAUGUAUGGAGGGUGAGUCUCACUGGUGGUGACCAGAUUCGGUUAACAGAAAAGGAAGCAGAAGGUUACUGGGGACCAGGAGUAUUUUUAACUACUGGUAACAAUCGUGCUCCCUGGUCAUUAACGCAAAGGGCUGCCUAUUGGGCAGGUGGUCUCAACCCUUUAGAACGGGGAGACCCUCUUGCCAUUACUGGAACUACUGACCAACUAGUAGAGAGCGAACUAGUUCAAAAGGCUGCUUGUCUCCAACUGAUGUAUGAUAGAAAGCUGCAGCCGCAUCAUGAAUCGCCCAUGAUGAUGCCCAUUGAUCCUGAGAGAAUGACUCCUUUAAUUAGAGGGCUUCCGGAAUCACUGAAACCCAUAGGCAUACAAUUACAAGCAAGGAUACAAGCUAUGUCACAGGGAGAAAGAACCCGGGCAGUGUUAGAAGAAACUGUAACUCCCAACCAUCUGCAGUCAGGCUGCAAAGUAUGGACGUGGGUGGAGGUAGACCAAGAGUUAAUUAACUAUGGAAGAAAAUAUGGGCCGGUGGUUUCUUUUCCCAGUAAAUCUGAGCCCACAGGUGUAAGGCUUGCAGCAGCCAGUCUUGCCCCCAGGCCACCUAGCCCAAAGCUCAGGGUCUGGAAGGGUCUCAUUGCCAGUAAAACCGGUAGGCAGAAUAUCUUUCAUAAACAUAAUGGACUUUGGACUCUGGGCUGGAAAAAGGGUAUUCCACGAAAUUUGAUGGAUGGAUUGACAACAGAUAGGUUAGAGAAAUUAGUUAACUGGUGGCCAGAACAAAAGCUGGAGAAUCUUGAGGAAAGCAAAACCCCAGGUCCUAGGGCCUCUCUCAGGGAACCUGAACGGCUAUCCAAGCCAUUGGAAAACUGAUGUUUCCGCCCCACCCAAGUGAGGGGGGUGGGGGCGCUGAAGGGUGGAUGUAUUAGAAAGC